UCUCGCCGCCUGCGCUCCUCCCCAUCAGCCGUCUCCAUCCCCUCAUUGUGCACUCUUCAUCGUCCAGGCAGUUCGAUAUUCUGUUUUAUUGUGCCGCCACAUCAUCUGGUUCUACAUAGGAUGCGACCGUCAGCUGCAAACACAUUGGCUAGGGCACGAUGGAGCGCCCAACCCUCUCCCGCAAGCAUCACCGGACGAGCUGCCGCGUAUAGACGGAUAUCCACCACGCCUCUGACUGCGCGGUCAUUGGCGACUUCCCAGAAGUCUGCCGGCUCCUCCACCUCCCCGCUCUUCUUCCUCAGAAGCAACUUCCUUCCUCAGGACGUCCUCUUCCAGACCACCUCUACAUACGCCCGUCAAUUCUCCUCCCGCUCGGCGCAGUUUCAGCAAGCACAGAAGCAGCCUGAGCCUGAAGUGAACGAUCCGAAAUCGCAACCCAAGCAGUCUGCGACAUCGGAGGGCACCGCGGAAGAGGCAGCAGGCGAGCAGGGCAAGGAGCAAGCUGGAGAGAAGAAGGCUGGAGAGGAGGAAGCCGGCGAGCAGAAGGAGGGCGAGGAGGGCAAGAAAGAGAAGAAGGAUGACAAGCCUCCGCCACCACCCCACGGUGACAAGACGCCAUGGCAGGUUUUUACGGAGACCCUGAAGACUGAGUUCCAGGCGUCGAAGGAGUGGAACGAGGGCACAAAGCAGCUGUCGGGUAGUGUACACGACUUCACGCAGAACCCUCGUGUGCAGAAGGCUACCGAGACAUACACCAAAGUCACCGGCGCGGCCAAGACUACAACCGCCGAAGCGCUGAAGACGACCGGAAAGGCCAUUGGUCAUGGCGCGGCAUGGACGUGGGAUACUAUGCCGGUCAAGGGCGUUCGCAAGGUCGCGAAUGUGACCGGAACUGGUCUUGAAUAUGUCACGCGCCCAGUGCGCCAGUCCAAGGCGUUCCAAGCUGUUAAAGAGACCGUGGAUGACGGCAGCUCAUCGAGAUACGGUGGUUGGGUCGAGAAGGAGGAGCGCAGAAAGCGGAGGGAAUUGAGGGAACUCAACGAACUUCAGAGAACUGGCGGCAAGCCAUUGGAGCCAAUGGAGGAAGAUCCAGAAGCCGGUACCAACGUUACUCUGCACAAGGAUGCAAAAUACAAGGAGGUCUGGCGAGACUUCAAGGACAACUCCCCGAUUAUGCGACGAUUCUCCGGCAUGAAGGACGUGUAUAACGAAUCAGAAAACCCUCUUAUAUCGACCGCACGCAGCAUCACCGACCGCAUCACCGGGUUCUUCGCUGAAAACGAGACGGCCAUGGUCAUCAAGAAAUUCCGCGAAAUGGAGCCAACCUUCCAGCUCGAGCCCUUCCUGACCGAAAUGCGGGAGUACAUCCUUCCCGAAGUCUUGGACGCAUACGUCAAGGGCGAUGUUGAAACGCUGAAGCUGUGGCUCUCUGCAGCGCAGUACUCUGUAUACGCAGCCCUCAUGCAGCAAUACACGACCGCAGGUCUAAAGUCGGACGGCAAGAUUGUUGACAUCCGCGGCGUCGACAUCCUCAACGCCAAAUUGCUAGAGCCAGGAGAGAUCCCCGUGUUCAUUCUUACCUGCAGGACGCAAGAAGUGCACACCUACAGGAACAAGAAGACCGGCGAGCUCGCAGCCGGCAUGGACGACAAGGUCCAACAGGUCACAUACGCCAUCGGCGUGACGAGGAUACCAGAAGACGUCAGCAACCCCGAGACCCGCGGCUGGAGGUUCAUUGAGCUGCAGAAGAGCGCGAGGGACUACUACUGAGGCGCUCGCUGUAUCCCACGUUCUAACCUCGCUUUGUACCAAAACAUGUACCCCUUUCCGGCAUCGUUUUCCAUCUGCCCCGUCCCAUCUGGCACCGGCGGUCUUACGGCAUCUUCAGGCGUCUGCUGUCUCUCAAAAGGUCCUUUUCGACUGGUCUUGUCUUUCUACUCGUUACUUCUCCCGUAUCACGGGGUUCGUUCAUGUUACUGUAAUUUUUUUCUCUGCUGUUUUCGCAUGUGCUCAGGUUGAGCUAGAUUGGAAGUGGCACGACGAGGCUACGAUACACUUCCCCACUCUGAUGCUUGUAUAUUAUACUAUGUGUGUUUGGAAGAUGAGGCGGUGUGUUGAUUAGGAUAUGAGAUGGAGGGAGAAUGUAUAUGUAGCGAGGAUGGGGUGGGAUGGGAUUGGGACGUCCGGUGGAUAAGCUGAAUGAGAUGAUACCAC